CUUGAAUUUUAAACACGUCAGUCAUGCGCAAGUGGGCCAUAAAUAAAAAGCGAACACCUCAACGCAGUUCCGCCUCAGUCUACUGAAUACGCGAUGGAAAUGACGUCCUAACUUUUGGGUCAAUUUUUCAUUUUCUUUCGGCCAUGGCUAAUCGUUUUAGACAAUUUCGUUUGCUGCUGUGGAAAAACUUCAUUUUGCAGGUUUGUGAUGCAGUGACUUUCUCUGGUGAAAUCUGUACAACUAAUGGUGUAUCUGCUCACAAUUUGUUUCGCUCUCUUUUUAUUUGCUUUGUAGGUUCGUCGGCCGAUAGGAACAGUAUUCGAGCUCUUAUUGCCCGUUCUUCUAAUAGGAGUUUUAAUCCUACCAAAGUAAGUUGCAAUCAUCGUGAUCGGCGUUUUUAGAAACAUUACGUAAUUUAUAUUUGCUGAAGAUUUUGUCUAAAGAGGACACAAAUCACCAUUCUCUAUCUAAGCGAUACACGGAAGAACAGCUGAACAAGUCAAUUUGAAAAUGAAAAGAUAAUAUUUUACAACUAUACAGCGCACUGCGAUCGGCGAAUCUAAUUGUUAUUAUGGUGUGUCGAUCGACAAACCGGCACGAAACCGUGGUGAGAGAAUAUUACGUUUAAGAAAAUCACUAAUUGCUUGAAUCCUCAUCAGCGCUUUAUAGAUCACCCUUCAGGUUUAAAAUACUUGUGAUUAUCUUCACCAUUGCACAGAAAUCAGAAUCGCUGUUACACGAGAAACUUUUAAAACAUUUAAAAGUCGAAUACUCAAGAGCAUGCAGACGUGAAUAUUGCAAGCCGCUCACCCAGAUAAUUGAAAUCAUGAGAGUCCACUAUGUUCACCGCAAACAAUGUUUCUCAGCCCAAUAUAACAAUAUUUUAACGAUGUAUACUCGGGUAUACGCUUCAGUUCAUUGGACGAGAAAGAUCAUAUCGCCUCACGGUUUCUAAAGUCUAGAGUACAUCCCAAGUACGUAAACGAUCCUCUAAGUUUCUACCAUUACACCAUACGGAACUUGUUGGGUGAUCGAAAGAUGCAUUCGUAUGCACAAAAUUUUACCGAUAAGGCCACAAGCCGCAGAGUUACAACUGAAAAAUAAAAUAUUCUUCAAACAGCUGCAGUUCAUAUGUUAAAAAGAUCAAAGCAACAUUCGAUUUCUAGUCAACGAGGAGUUAUGAAUGAACACCAUUAACGCAUAUUUAACUCCUAAUGAUAUCUGAUAUUUCAAGUUUAUAGCUGCAUGGAUUCAGUAAGCUACAAAAUUGAGCAUGUAAGGCUAAGCUGCAACAAAUAUAUAAGCUUUCCCCUACAACGAGAAAAGAUUAAAAUAUAGUUUGUUUUGAAUUUAUUGAUUAACAAGGCUUACUUAUUCAAAACUGUCAAGCAAAGCAACGAUCCUUGCAGGUGGACAACAACGAGUAGUUGUACAAAAGAAGCCUGAAAAAUUACACGGACAAUUUAAGAUUAAUCGCUCUGGAGUUCUAUAUGUGAUAUUUGACUUGAGCUUUUCCCUCACUAACUAUAUAUGACACUAUCUCACAAUCUUAUUGUUACUGGCAACUAUAUUUACAUGUAUAUAAAUUAUAUCUAAACGUCUGCUAUGUCAACUUCCUCAAUAAGAAAUUCGAACCAUGCAGUCAACAAAUGCCACCAUGAGUCAGCACUUUCGUUUCCAUCAAGCUCAGAAAAAGGAAUUUCACGAGUGAUUCACAUGUAAAUUUGAAACCAGGUUUCUUUGGGGGUAGAAAACAACUUGAGUCUGAUGAUCACUUUGUGCUUGAAAUUUGAGUUUACAAGGUUAUAUUAAAUCUUUUUUUGAUGUGAAUGUUUUGUGUAUCCAGAUACUUGUGAGAUAUUCUAUCCUUCCCCGUAGCGAAGUGAGCAGAUGUUUAGAACACCAUCUAAUUUUACCCCUCAGGCUGAUGAUAACUUCCGUCUACAUUUUAAAAAUGUCAUUCAAUCUUGGUGACAGCAGUCCUUUCCCAAAACUUCCUUCAUCCACAAAAUCAUAAUACAUAAUAAAUUGUUUAAGUUGUUGUUUGCUGAGAUAAUAAUGGCAGAGGUCUUAAAGUUCUCCUUCUCUGUCAUAAAAUGAUAAAACUUAAAGGUAAUUAGUAAUCUGAUUUUGACCUAAAACUAAGAGAAGCCAAAUUUUACAGGAAGAUAUUUUAUCUCUAACACAGCUGUGAGCACAUUGCGAGGCAGAUUUUCAAGAGGAUAAUUCUACAUGGCCGUGUGUGAAUACAAAUUUUAUCUCUUGAGUGUUUCAACAUCCAACCAUGAAGAAAAUAAUUAAUCAUUACAAGAAUUAUUUCCUCCCAAAAGAAAUUGAACUCAACCAUUAAUAUAUUAAAUAGUGUUUGCAAAUUAAAAAACCCCCCUAGAUGGAAGUAAAACAGGUAAUUUCAUAAACCUGGUAACCAUGAUGACUGUCAUUUUCACCUUUGAGGAUAUAAAUGAUGCAUUCACUGGAUGCGAUGAAGAUAUCACAUUUUUCGAAACAGGAGAAAAUCUGAUAUUUCAUCAAAGUAUUAUAUUUUAGUUUGAUACAUGUAUUUCAAAUUCCUCUUUGAAACCUCUGAGGGACUGUCAGUGGGUAGGGCACUCUUGUGAAAGAAAAAAUUGUCAAUCAUUUACACAAGACAUGGAAGAUGUUUUUUCAUGCGGCCAAACAGACGAUUAAUUUAUGUAGAUUUAAACCUCUCUUGCUUUAAUAAUAAAAAACUUGACAUGUUUAAGUCCAUGGAUGACAGGAAGGAAUUAUCCGUCACUUUAUAAAGAUGGUCUUACUUCCAGUGAGCUGAACACCUGCACAAAAUAACUUUUUGCAGUAUAUACAUGGACGUCCAUAAACCACUUGCUAGUUCCCAAACUACUCUUUAUUUUCACCAUGAUUACAAUAUCAUCUCUAGAUCACAUAAUUCAAUCAUAAGAAUAGAGAAAAUGAUCCACCAACCAAAGAAGCUCUUGAUUAUUGCAAAUUCUCCUUGUCAGCUCCUUACAAAAUGUAUAGAGAGCAGUAUGGAGAAUAUGCAUGUUGAUGUGUAAGAUAUAAAGGUUUAAGCCAAAAACCGUUAUUCAUUUAUGCAUGUACAAUUGUAGAUUCAUUCCUCUAAUUCAAAAAUUUCUUUUUUUCUUCCUGCAGGUUGUUCAUAAAGACACAAGACUUCUGUUUCAGUAAGUAGGAUAUUUUAUUACUACAUAAAUUCAGGUCAAAAUAAAUUCAUAAAAUAAAUGUAAAAUUAAUGCCUUCGAUGUGAGACUUAAAUACAAUAAUUAUGUUUAGAUUUGUGUAUUAUGUCAAAUUAAACCUUAAGCCUUUAUUAAAAUGCCAACAACAAAGUGGAAUUCCGCAGUAAUUUAUUCUAAAUUGCUCCGUCUAACUAAGUUGAUGAGUCACUUAGUUACUUUAAUGAGGAAUGACCCAAAAUGAUCUAAAAUGACCCAAAAUGAUCUAAAAUGACCCAAAAUGAGCUAUAAUGACCUGAAAUGACCUUGAGUAAUUUCUAGAAUGACCAAAAUGACCUUAAGUGAUAUCUAUAAAUUGACCUAAAAUGACCUGAAAUAACCUUGACAGAUGUCUUGACCUGAAAUGAUUAAAAAUAGCCUAUACUGACUAAAAUGAUGUAAAAUGACAUUUAAACUUUACUGGAAGAAUUUAAAAAAGUUAAAUUGCCAGUGAUAUACAAUGUUCAGAACAACAGAACUAAUUGCAGGAGCUGGUCAAAUGCUUACCUUUUCGGUUUCACGUAAAAAUUAAUUGCCACUUUGGAUCACUUAGAACACCUUAGAUGAUCAUUGUGCUAUCAACAGUUACUAUAACUGUGGAUCUUUUAGCCAGACUAAAGUCAAGGUUAUUUUCAUUUCUGGCCAUCUUAGACAUCAGUCAAAGUUAUUUUAGGUGUUUUUUUUCUCAUUUUAGCUGUCACUGUACACAUCACUGAAGGUCAUUUUAGGUCAUUUUAGAAAUCACUUAAGGUCAUUUUAGGCAAUUUUAAGUCAUAAUUUUAGGUCAUUUCACAGGUAGCUCAUUUUAGGUCAUUUCUUUUUUAGUUACUACAUGAUGAGUCAAUAGUACGUGUGUAAACAAAAGUAUAACAAGUUGAAACUUAAUUGUUACUAAAUGUCAAUGUAAUGGCACUUGAUCUGUUUUUAACUCUACAAACAUAAGAAAAGUUUGUCAUGGGACUCUUGAAUGUCAUCUUCCUGAGCUGAAAGAGCUUUUUUCUUAUCCAUAAGCUGUUAUUUGUAGUUUGGCCCAUUUGAACAUGGACUCAACCUCUCUGAAGUAAAUUUUUUUUACAUACCAUUAUGAUUUUCUUUCAAGUAUUUAAAAAUGUGAAAUCAACAGGUGAUACAGAGAUUUCAACAUCGUCAAUGAUUCUUAGCUGGUUUAAAUGAAGGAAGUUACUGAAAAAGGAAAAAAAAAAAGAAGAAAAUGCAAAGCAAAAACUGAAAUGUUACACAGUUCACUCUCUUCACAUAAUCUGAUGAUGAUGAUAAUCUUAAUCUCGCAGUUAGUAAGUUUUAAUGUCAUAACAAUUAAGAUCACUGCUACUUCCUUACCAAUUUUUGGUCUGGUUUAUGCGCUUGUACAUCCUGCAGAUCAUAAUCAAUAUUUUUUAGUGAAAUUUUUUGCAGAUUUUGUAGACAAGCUUAUCUAGAUUUCAUGAAACUCUACACUUAUUUCCUUAUUUUGAAAGUUAAACACUUCUCUUUUAUUGAUUUCCUCUGGUGGAUGAAUAUAUUUAUUUUGCCUGAUGUGAGUCAAUUGGUCUUUUGAAAUACUUUGACAGUUAACUUUACGUGAUUAAAAAAAAUUCUGCUCUUUACAGGCACUUUUGAACCAUUACCAUCAAAAAAUAUACCAGCAGGAAUUGUAAACAGUUUAAUUAACGAAGAUGCCAGGAAGGAUCUUUACCGAAAUCCACCCAAGAAUUUAAGUUUAAGUAACAGCACAGCAGUGACAGCCUUCCUGAGGAAGAAAGUGGAAAACAAGACGUAUCUUGCCUAUUAUCCGACAUCCCCUCCAGGUAUGCAUUUAGCGGUUGUUGGUUAACCUUUUUAAGUACCAUGAGUGACCAAGACAGAAUUUCUCCUUACAAUAUCCGUACAAUGUAAACCAGAUUAGUGAUAAGAAUAAAGAAGAAUAUCAAUUUGGGGAUAAUUAGUUGAUCCAAUACUAAAUUCUCUGAACUAACAUUAAGAAGAAUUGUGUGGUUGACAGUAAGGAGAAUUACAAACUUAAAGUCUGGGUGUUAGUAAAAACAUCAGUUUUCUGUUACCUCACAGGAAACCCACUGAGUGUUGGGCUGUGGUUGAAGCCAUAAGCUGGUUAGCCUGUGAAAAUAUUUUGCACAAUCAUGAUGACAUGCAUCAUAUGCUUUAUUAAACCCAGGAUACAUUAAUGCACACUGACAAAUUUGGUUAAGUGUUGAUAUAUUCAGUGUGGAGAAAAAGCGGUUCAUUAAAUAUUACCUUAACUUAUUUUAAAUUUAUAAUUAUUAUGCAUUAGACCUACAUGUACUAUGAAAAUCUUAUUGGUCAAGAGAAUUCAAUCAAUAUUGGUCAAGAGAAUUCAAUCAAUAUUGAGUGAAAUUGACAUGAUAAAUGCAAUAUCUAUAGGGGAUUAAUUGCAUGUAUCAUGUCAAGUUUAAAGUCUGCCUAGUUCCCUAGCCUCUCAUUCGUGAAGUGUUCACUCAGAGAGCAGUGUCUUCUUUUGUGGAUAACAAUGUUCACCUAUAUUCAUGAAUAAUAGCACAGGCAAAUUUUUUCAGUUUUUCCAAUAAUUAUUUAGAUCCUAUUUUGUAGCAAUUUUUUUCCAUUUCUUAAUGUUCUUUUAAUAUUAUCCUUUAGUGAGAAAAGUCAUGAACAGAGUGGCAAGCAUCACUGGUUUGAAGGUUGUCCACAACAGCAUAUUCCACAAGAAGAACUGGUCUUCUGCUGAAGAACUGGCUGAUGAAGCCUCUCAGCAUGAGGAAUACUAUGCAGGUACUGAUAAUGUUGAUGAUUAUAUACAUGUGGUCAUUAAUUUCUGAUCAAGAUGAUUUUAGUAUAUUGAGGUAAUAAGGUGAUUUUGAUUGCAUUUUGAUGUUAAUAAGCACAACUAAAUGUUUCAAAGACAACAACAUUGCAGGAGCCUGUAUAGGGCCAGUGCAAUUUGUAGUCUUUGAAAAAAUUUCAAGUGCUCUUAAAAUUAUUACACCAAAUUUCUCAAGAAAUCAGGUUAUUACUGAUAAUGUAUGUCACAGGAAGGCAAGAAAGGAAAUUUUGAGGGCAUGCCACGCGCAUGCUAUUUGUAAUCUGCACUUCUGUUGUAAUAAGUUUGUGCUCAUUGUUACAUAAGAAGAGCUCAAUUUUUCAUGUACAUCAUUAAACCAGUCACUGGUAACCCUUUCAUCCUAAGAGUGAUUAGCAACUAAUUCCUCCUCAUCAAACCAUCCCUUAAUUACAUGUUAAGGUCAUGAGAUAUUGGGAAUGAUCACCAACCAAAAAAGCUCUUGAUUGUUAAAAUAUUUCUCCUUGCCAGCACCAUAAGAAAUGAGAAGAAAACAGUAUGGAGAAGUUGUAUAUUCAUAUAUAAUGGUUGCAGCCUGCAACUGGAGCACUACAGAUUCAAAAUAAAUUGUAAUUAUAACAGUUUGAAAAAUACGCCUUAAUGAGAUUUGUUACACAAUGAUGUUUUGUUGAAACCUUUUCAUCUCUUCCUAGUUGUGGACUUUAAAAUCAGCAAAGAUGCCACAGAACUUCCUAAACAGAUCAAGUAUAGCCUAAGAUUUUCACAUACUAUUAGUGGCAGCCGGAAAAGCUGGAGGACAGAAAAUACCUACCCAAAUUUUCAGGCUGUAGGACCCAGGGUAGAUGAAGAUGGGUAAAUACAUGAGCUAAUUGGAGCUAAUUGAAGCUAAUAAAUAUUUGUUGCUACAUAAUCAUAAAAAUAAUUGUUUAUCACAGUAAUCAUUCGUAUUAUUUUCAUUAGAAAUAUAUUUAUUUCAAGUACUAAAAUCUAUUUUCAGUGGAAUCUGUAAUUCUAUAUCUUAUAGAUAUGUUAAUAGCAGUAAAACUAGUAUGUUUGCUAAGGGAGAAAAACAAAAUGUAUUUACAAAUCUGUUGACUUUGAUUGAAAUAGGUAAGAUUUAGUAAGGCUAAAAUAUAGCAUUAAAUAACUAAAAGCUGAUAUGGAGAAAUGUUAAAAUUGGCAAUAAAAAGGCCUAGGAGAUGGCUCCUUCAAUAUCCUUCCUCCUUCACUGUCAUCAUUAUCAUCAUUAUCAUCAUCAUCAUCAUCAUCAUUAUCAUUAUCAUUAUCAUCAUCAUCAUUAUUAUCAUCAUCAUUAUCAUUAUCAUUAUUAUUAUGAUCAUCGUUAUCAUUAUCAUCCUCAUUAUCAUUAUCAUCCUCAUUAUCAUUAUCAUCCUCAUUAUCAUUAUCAUCCUCAUUAUCAUUAUCAUCCUCAUUAUCAUAACCCUCACUAUCAUUAUCAUCAGCAGCAUCAUCAUCAUUAUCAUUUGGAUUUAAAAAUCUCUAAUUUAACAGUAGCCUCACCAGAACAUGGAAAGAUGUGACUGUACUUUCUAGUGUAUUCUCCAAAGGCACAGUGAACAACUGAGAAUUUAUGGCAAAAUCAGUACAGUCAUUUUGAUCAGUGUUCAAAACACUUUUUAUAAAUUGACCUUACAUUGUUCUCUUUUUUUGUCAGUCAAUGUUGUAAAGGAUAUUCAUCACAUUUUGUGCUGGUACAGUAUGCAGUUGAUAUGGCUAUUAUUCAAGAACAGGCAAACCUAAGUCAACAAAUUCCACUCAAACUGCAGGUAUUUUUAUGGCAUAAAUGUUUGAAGUACGGUGUAAUGUUACUAGCCGUGUCAUAAUUAUUAUGGCUGCAGUUUAUCUUCAGUGCAAUCAGGCUCAGAAAUUAAUCCAAUCCAAAGGAGAUAAACACUUAACAAGAAAUAUCAAGAAUAUUGCAUACAUGACUUUUCAAAUGAACAAACAUUGUUGUCAUAUCAUGGAGAAAAACAUUUUUUGAGUGAGAAGUAAUUAAGGCAAGUUGUAAUUUUAUUCUUGAUUUUAAUUUUUUUACACCUAAACUACACGUACUGUAAUGAAGUCCCCACAAAGUUUACUCAAUGUUUAUUUGAUAAUGAUGACAAACUGGCACCAAAGGAACUGGACUAUUUGAAUAAGUGUUUAUUUUUUCCUCUAAGUUGUCUCUCUUUGUUACCUGUAAAUCAUCUUUGCUAGAUCUACGCUGUAGAUGAAUGGCAUUCUCCUUCUAUUUGGUUUUCUCUAUCACAGUAACAUAUUUUCACCAAUACAUGCGUAUGUAUGCCUAACAAUUGUGAUUUUGAAUACUUUUCUUUCUCAGCAAUUUCCCUAUCCAAAGUACACUGAGAACUUCUUUAUAGCAACAGUGGAGGGACUCCUCCCCCUGCUCAUGACUCUAGCUUUCAUGUAUUCUGCCAUGAGUGUUAUAAAGGUCAGUGAUAUUGUUACCAACUAUACCUGAACCGUUUAUUGAUAUCCAUGUUAAAAAAGGGAAAUGACCUUUAUUGAGAUAAAUUUCUUUUUCGGUUUUACAGGAGCUAGUUUUUGAGAAGAACCAGCGUUUGAAAGAGUCCAUGAAAAUGAUGGGACUUGCAAACUGGAUCCACUGGCUUGCUUGGUUCACCAAAGACCUCUUGUUUCUGCUUAUAUCAAUAAUUAUAGCCACAGUCUUCUUGAAGGUGAGAAUAUAAUUUUGACAUCAGUUUGACAUUUUUAUUUUAGAAUAUUAUCAGGUAUCUUGUAAUUAAUCCUGCAUUUGUGGUGAUGAGGUAUUUUAGUCAGAGCACAUAAGCUAAUUAAAAAUUACCUUCUCUACAGGGAUUUAAAAUUUUUGAGUUCUCCGAUGGCUUACUUAUCUUCGUAUUUCUUCUACUAUACAUGAUAGCAAGCAUUAUGUUCUGUUUUGCAUUGAGGUAAGUACUUAUUUGUUCUCAUAAGUGUAUUAUAACUUACUUGUCAUAGCAGUGAAAGUAGGGUUGAUUGUCCUUGGAAAGGUCUACGUCUAAGGUAAUCUGAGUAACCUAACCUUUAAAUUUGCCAUUUCCAGUGUUUUCUUCUCAAGACCAACUGUGGCCAUGCUGUUUGGCGCAGUAGCCUGGUAUUGUACUCUGGUACCUUAUCAGACGUUUGCUCAGCAAGAGGCAUAUGAGGCUUUGUCAAGGUACAGGUUUUCAUACAGUGUUUAUGUUUAUGUAUAUAACCACCAUAUCUUAAAAAAAAACCCCGGUUAAUGCUGUAUACAGAUAACAGACUGAAGGAAAACAGUUGGUUGCACAGGGCUAAUAAUUGCUAAACCUUAACUGCCAGAACUUAUAGUACCGUUGGGGGGUGAUAUUAUGAAUUUUUGAUGGGAUAAUUCACAAGUAACCCAAACCUUUCCCCUUUAGAAUUCUUAAAGUUUCCCACAAAUUCUUUCCUUGAGUGUGAGCAGAGACCAUGCUUAAGUAAAGUGUCUUUCCAAUUCAUGGCACAUCACACUGACCAAACUAGGGCUCAAGCCCUGAGAAUCUGAUCCACAGUCUAGUACAUGUAUGCUAUCAUCACUGUGACAAUGCAUCUUCUAGCUGUGAGUUAUUUAUUAGUACUUGUACAUGUAGGUGAAGUUUAGUUGACCAUAAUGCAACCCAAGGAUUAAAAAGUUAGUUCUCUUAUUGACUGACUGCCAGAUAUUUCCUUUAAUUUUCUCUUUUAGUGGCUUACUGUUCCCUUUUUGAUGUGGUUCUGUCUUCUUGUCACUUAAGGUUAAUAGUGGUAUCAACAAGAGACCUUUUUUUUGGUCACACCUGAGAGUGAAAGGGUGUUAGCAGAACUGUUGUUUAUUACCACAGGUCUGAGAAGGCUGCUGCAUGCCUUUUGCCAAACACUUGCCUUGGAAUUGCAACCCGCAUCAUUGCCAAAUUUGAGAUUAGAGAGGUGGGACUGACCUGGAGCCGAGUAUCUGAAUCUCCUGACCCUGAUGAUGACUUCAGCUUCGAUAUGGUUCUAGGAAUGCUUAUAAUUCAGAGUCUUAUCUUUGGAGUAAUCACCUGGUAUGUUGGUUUUAUUUGCAGUACUGUUGAGAGAAAAGCUGUACUGUAUAAUUAUAAAGUAUUAUAGCUAUAAGUAUAUGCAAGCAAGUAAGAUGUAGUAGCCAAAGAAAUCUAGAAAGAGUGUGAUGAACAUUAUGGUACUUUUAAAAAAGAUGUUUUUUUGCCUUGUCACGAGCAUGGGACAAAGAAGAAAUUCUUAGUCCCCAUGAGGAAUCAAACCUAAGACCUUCAGAUUCCACGCUUCGAUGUUCUACCAUGAAGCCAUAGAGACUCUACCAUGAGUGAGGUCUAUUACGAAGUUCAUAUGACAUGUGUCCUGCAUAUGCAGGACGUGUGUCCUGUCAACUUGUCUUUAUGACAAGUUCAAUCUGUAUUAAUUGUCACAUGUUUAUGCUAGAGCUGUCAGUAAAAGAGGAAAUGUGUAGAUGGCUAAAACUGUCAGCUAGUCUGCCAUCUUUCACUACUUGUAACUACUUAAUUCACCUUUGUUUACUGCAGGUGAUGAUGAGAAAUUGCAUGAUUAUUUAAACACUCCAUUUUUCAAGAUAGAAGAUCGGAAACAGAAUGAUUUAAAUCCUUGGUCUAACUUUCAAGAUAAUUUUAGUGAUGACCAAAAUGUUAGUUGUCAGAGGUACUUGUUACACUUCAAUCUUUCACCCCUUACUUGUAGGUAUGUUGAGGCUGUAUUUCCUGGUAGUUAUGGAAUCCCCAAACCUUUUUACUUCCCCUUCACAAAGUCCUACUGGUGUGGAGUUUCCAGUGACAAAGUUGUUCAAGUAGGAGCUGAACAGGUACACAGUAUUUCUACUACUGAGUAGUUUCUUUUCAGAGAAAAAUUGUACCAACUUCACCUAGUGAUUAGCAGCUAAUUUCUCCUCACAAUAUCACCCCUGAAUCACAUCUUAAGGUAAUGAGAAUGAAGGAAAUAAUCACUAAGUAAAGAAACUCUUGAUUAUGAAACCAAUUCUCCUUGUCAGCACCUAACAAAAUGGACAGAGGAGAAUAUGGAGAAGAUUCAUAUUUGUGUCAGGGUGUAAUUGCUUUAUACCAAACACAUUGCUUUUUCAUGAACCCCUGCCAUACAAGUUAAAACAGAUUAAAUAGGAUUGGGGUCAGGUUGAGGGUAGGGCAAGAACUGGAGGUGAGGUAGGGGAUUUACAAAAAAAAAAUUGUGAAAAUAACUGGCAAAUUAUUUUGAAGAAAAUUUUCCUGUGCCAAUUUGCUUUACCUACUUUAAGGAGUUCUUCUUUUCAAAAAAAAAAAAAAAAAAAAAACGAAAAAAAAAAAAAAAAAGAAGAAGUGGUUUCAAAUUAUUCAAUGAUAAAAUCUGUGUUGGUGAAAACAAUUUUCUUUUCGUACUGGUCCACAAGUCAAUUAGUAUUAAUUAAAAGUAAAAUGUUAACCUGUUCUCUUUAUUGAAAAUAAUUAUCAUUAUUUUUCCUCUUGUGGUGUAGGAAUUAAAUACAGUGGACAAGCAUUCUGAUAAUCCAGCCAUUGAAAAGGAAACACAUGACUUGCCUAUUGGUGUGGGAAUAAAAGAUCUUAGGAAAGUGUUCAAGGUACAUGUAGGCAAUAUUUAGUGGAAGUUAAAGUCAGUAGUUUUAUGUAAUGAAGGUAAAGCAUGUACUAGAGCGAAGAAGCUCAUCCCAGCCAAAGUUUAUCCAAGUUUCCAUAGCAUGAAGCUUCUAGCAGUAUUACUAUUCCCCUCUGGAUGGAAUGCCAGUCCAUCGCAAAGUUAUCCUGCUGCAUUUCAUCCAUCAUUUCCAGCACCCUAACCACUGAAACACCAUAUCUUUCACUGAAUAUGAUGAAGUGGCUUUCCAGCUCACAAAGUGUUUUUACAUGUUCUUGUGUUUUGAUGCAUUUGUGUUAUCUGUUUUAUAAGGGCUCAAAAGGGUCCAAGGUUGCUGUGGAUGGACUCAGCCUGAACAUAUACAAAGGUCAGAUUACAGCACUGCUUGGCCACAAUGGAGCAGGAAAGACCACUACCAUGUCUAUCCUAACUGGGCUCUUUCCACCCUCUGCUGGUUCUGCCCAUAUCAACGGCAAAAGUAUUCUCACUGACAUGGAGGGUAUCCGCGAGAGUUUGGGACUCUGUCCUCAACAUAAUGUUCUUUUUGACAGGCUGACAGUUAAAGAACAUCUGACAUUCUUCAUCAACUUGAAGGUAUGAAAUGGUUUGGAAGUCUUAAUGCUGUCAGCAGAUAUACUCAAUUGCCAGUUGAAGAUGUAGAUAACUUAGGAUCAGUUGCUUGCCAAGUCUAACAUCUUGAGCUUGAGAGUCAAAUUUGCAACAAAAUCGUGGAUCUUGGGUACAUAAUGUAAACUAUCAAAACCGUAGGGACUUAAGAAAUAUCAUUACAUGUACAUGUCCAAUAAUUUUUUAGUGGCAGAGGUACACUUCGUGAAUUUCUACUUUUAAUUGUGUGACUUUUAGGGAACAUUUGGGCAAGAAGCUGAGAUUGAAGUGCUUCAGAUGAUCAAUGACAUUCAGCUGACUGACAAAUUAAACUGGGCCUCCUCUAAGCUGUCUGGUGGGAUGAAACGGAAACUGUGGUAAAUUUGUUGUAAAGUUGUUAAGUAGCUGACUCCCACUUAAAUUGAAAGACGGCUGCCUUGGGUUUAGAUGAACUUCACUGUGUCCUUAAGAUGACGCGGGUGGCUAGUAAACCCCCUCAACCCCACCACAAGUUCUCAUUGUAGGCAACUUUCAGCACUGAUUGGAUCAGAAAAGAGGAUAUGAAAGGCUUGGGGUCAGAAACUGCCAUAAAACCACUCAGGUCUGCUGAAUAAUAUUUUUAACUCAUGGAAGUUCCGUGAGAACUAAAGAUCCAAUCAUGAUGCAGUUACAAUUAUCUACAACUGCACUUGUGAAAUUGAUUGCUGAUCAGAGAAGCGUGCAUGACCAGAUUGUGUCAGUUAACUUUGCUAAGUUGUCAUUUAAGCUAUAUCUAGGGGAUAAGUUCCCUAAGUGAAUUUCAGCGUGCUUACUACGUUUGAUCAAAGUUUUAGAGCUUUAGCGCCAGCGUCUUCUGUUUUUGGUAAACUUUCGUUCGGUUUGAAAUGUUUAGCGGUAAAUACAGUCACUCUCUUAAGAUCUUUUACCAUUGUUUGGGCAAGGUUAGAAAAGUUCAAUUCUCUUCAUAGCUGUGCUAUUGCACUAAUUGGAGGUUCACAAACUGUGUUCUUGGAUGAGCCCACCUCAGGAAUGGACCCAUAUGCCAGAAGAGGAACAUGGGACCUGCUGCUGAAGCACAAAGCAGGAAAGACCAUCAUUUUGACAACUCACUUCAUGUAAGUUUUCCUGUAAAUGAGCCAUGUGCACUAAAUAGGAAUCGUUACAGUAAGGACAGAGAACAGAUUGGCCAUUACCUUUCUGGACCAACUUUGUUCUAGAGAACAAUCAAUAUAGUGAUAUAAAUUCUGUGCUAAAUAUUCCUUGUUUCUAUUACUGGUUUUAAGGGAUGAAGCUGAUUUCCUUGGAGACCGAAUUGCCAUCAUGGCAGAUGGGCAACUUCGAUGUUGUGGCAGUUCUUUGUUUCUCAAGGGCAGGUAAAUCACAAUAUUUUCUGUCUUCAGUUUUUGGCAAAACUAACUCUUCAGUAAACCAGACUCAAAUGUAACCUUUGAUUCUCUAGUUAACGGCUGAUGAUGACAUAUUGUGUGGAAAAUGAGUCUUUGUUGGCAACAACAUUCCUGUUUAUGGGUACUCUCGCCCAGAUGACCACACUACACAAUAAGUUUGCAGUGUUAUCAAUCACCACUAUCGUCAAUGUGGAACAUGUAGGAAACUGACCUCUCCUCAGCAGGUCUCCUCCCUCUCUCACUUCCCAGGGGCCGACUUGAAAUUGUUCUCGGUUUUAGGCCCCUCUCUCGAAAGGGGAAAUUUUAUAGACCUUAAGUCAUCAUAUAAAAUUUAAAUCGAAAGGUGUUAGCUCUAAAUCAAUUCUUUCUGUAAUGGUCUCUGAUAUUUUUAUAGUUCGAAUUUCAAAGCUAUCGGUAUCUCAGUUUUUGACGCGUAAUUUCUGACUUCUAAUAACCGGCCCAUAGGCCAUUUCUUUCACUCCACUGAAGAAAUUUAAGACUAAACCCUGACAUCAUCUUUGCUCGAGGUCUUACUCCUCCUCUACUUCUCUUCCAUCUUGAAUAAUCCCUUUUAUUGUCUUGAAUAAUAAAAGGGAUUAACCAAUAGUGAAUCCCUUUUUUGCCACUAUUUUUGUUAUUAAGGUAUGGUGUUGGAUAUCACUUGACACUUGUGAAGAAAGAAAACUGCAAUGAGAAUGCAGUGACGAGCUUGAUUAUCAACCAUGUGCCCAGUGCACAGCUGCUCAGUAGUGUUGGUGCUGAAAUGGAGUUUGUCUUGAGCAGUGAACACUCCAGUGGGUUUGAAGCGCUCUUUCAAGAAAUAGAAAGUAAGUACGAGAAAAAUUAUGUUAUUAAGUUCCACGUAAUGAUUAUAACACAACGGCUAUGGUUUCAUUAAUAUGCGGUACGAAUACUUAGGUAGUUUGGGCCAUCAAACGAGAAGUUUUGAAGGCUCCUAUUGUUAGGAUGGUCCAGACUCCUCACAGAAAAUUUUGAAUUUCGAGACUCUUGCAGUAUCAUUAUUUUGCAAAGGGUUUUACAAUUCAUGUUGCUUUGUUGUUCGCAAGAGUCGUGAAUUUGACAAAAUUGGAGAGAAUUAGAUGUUUGUUAGCGGGGGCAGUCAGGUCAUUUAUACACGCAGGAAGAUCAACCCGCAAAUAUUAGCUUGCUUUUGCCAUCCCAGCGAGAACGGUUUUACGCUCAUCGUCGUAACACUACAACCAAAGCGAUUGCAAUGGCCAGUCAGAACAACGGGAAUCGUUUUCAUGAAUUUUCCCUUCUGAUUUCUUUUCCAGAUAAGAUGGACGAGUAUGGAAUAACCAGUUUUGGAGUGUCGGUUACAACCCUUGAGGAAGUCUUCAUGAAGGUUGGAGAAGGAGCAGAAAAAACCGUGGACAAUCUGUACGUUAAACCUACCAGAUAUUUCUAUAAUAAGGUUUAGCAAAUUAUUAGAGAUCGACUUCUGUUCCUCUAACUCUUUCGUGAGGUUUAGUCCCUCUUGCUCAUAAUCAAUGUAUCGAUUACAUCAACGACUUUUGAAACGAGUUUUACUGGUAGUAUAAGUAAGGAUAACAUAAUUCGUGAUUUUUGUUAAAUAGUUAUCUUCUUUGAAUUGAAAGGCCCAUUGUGUGUUAUUUUUCCCAGAGCCCACGAACACGAGAUUGCUGUUGAAGAAACAGAGGAGAUUGUGGAGGUGGCUAAUGAGGAAAAUAUUUCAAACAAAGGUUAGGAGCGUUCACACAUAAAUCGUUUCAUUUUCUCACAUAUCUUCGACUAAACACCAAAUGGUUCGAAGCCAAGAGUUAAAGUCAGCUGUGUUCUCUGAUUGUCUGGUAAGAGGUGGUUGUAGGGGAGAGGGGUGCCCACCAAUUUUCAUGCUGAGGAGGAUGGCAACACAGCCCCCAAUACCUCCCCUUCUUCCCCCCUCUUCCCCCCUCCCCCCUUAUUCUGCUCCACCACUUGUGCUCUCGUAGUUUUAACCCAUUAACUCCCAAGAGUGACCGAGACAGAAUUCUCCUUACAAUAUCAGUACAAAAUCAAGGAGACAGGUGAUGUGAAUAAAGAAAGAUAUCAAUUAAAUUGAUUCUGUUGCGGCAAACGAACAUCAAGGCUCGAUGAAAUGCCAAGAAAAUCGCGACCGGAGAAAAAUGCCAACCAAAUCCAGGGUAUUACAGGGACAUAACUUUAAUCAAUCUCGUAAACUGUAAGCGAAUUAAAAAAGGGACUUAUAUAAUAGAUUGUAUUCAAUUAAACACGUGGCGACUUAACAGCGUAAAUGAAUCUAACAUAAUAAAGGAACUAAUAAAUGAACCAAGAGCUACGGCAAACACAAGAUAUAUAUAUACAAAUAAAGACGAAAGAGCUUGCUCGAAACGAGAUAAAAAACAAAACAGGCGAAAACAACUUACAUAUCAGUCCCUAUACGCCGGUGGCUUGAAAUCACACUUAAUAAAUUAACUUUGUAUGCACGCCGAACAUGAACAGUGAAUAAUGAGACUAUCUGAAGGAAUCAAAUGGCACAAAGGCCAACUGUAACGCAAAAGUCACGCAAGUUUGAAAGUCACGUAUUUACAGAUUCAAUACCAAAUUGUCUAAACCAACAUGAUAAGAAUUGUAUGGCAGACAGUAAGGAGAAUUACUAAUGAGAUCUUGGGAGUGAAAGGGUUAAAAGCGAUGAAUAGAGGCAGGAACAGUUAAACAAAUGAUUUUUAGAGUUAUAGAGAUAAGGAUGCGUAAGGCAAUCAUUAAAUAUUGUCGUUUUUUUUCUUGUUUGUCUUUUAGAGCUUGAAACAGGGUUUCGACUGAAGUGGAAUCAAUACAGAGCAAUGUUCAUGAAGAGGUUUCUGAACUCCAAACGCGACAAGAAAGCAAUUAUUACACAACUUGUUCUCCCCAUUAUUAUGGUUGUAUUUGGUUUGUUGCUGAUCACUACGAUUCCCACAAGAGAGAACGAUCCACCUCGUGUUCUUAAGCUGUCUAACUUGAGCGUGGACGGUGUCCAUACCAAAGCUUUUUUUGCCGACUACAGAAACAUGAGUUCUAGUAAAAAGACCGCGACGUUUGAGGUACGUGAAAUACAUGUUCUCAUCUCCUUGCAUUUGAACUUUUACUGAUCAAAAGCUUGUUAGGUGGUUUUUGUUAUGAGAGCAAAUAGAACUGACAUGGACUACAAGGGUUUCAGAGAAAACGGUACUAAUAGUUGUGAUGUCAGUUAAUGCUCUAUGUACUCUCACUAUAACGAACAAAAAAAAUGAGAAACAACUGUAACACGACAAAGAGACACUCUUUACUCUGUCCAAGGACGUGGCCGGGGUCCUGGGAUGUCCGCCACCCUCAUUUCCUUUAUGAGAUAUUCUUUUCUUUGUCAAUUACAUACAAAUCUUUGGGUUUAGGUUUGCGAAAACGCGCGAGUCUGAAUAAUCUUCAUAGCGUACUUGUUUUCAAGUGCUAGAUACUUUAUUAUCCUCGCCUUCUCGCUGUUUAAAAACGAGUCUAUCGGUACUUAAGGUAGAGCAGCGGUAUAAGGCACUUUAUGUAAGGUGUGUGUAAAUUUGUGACUAUAAACGCCUCUGCUUUCAAGAAGCACCUCUGAUCAGUUGUUUGAAUCAAGUUCAGUAUGGCCACUCUCUAUCAUGAUCGAACAGAUAAUGAUAGCUUUACUACGGAGGAUAUCAAAACUAACGUAUGAACUCUAAACUUUUGUUUACACAGAAAGCCAAAACCUACCUCAAAGACAUUAAAGUUGAUGCGACUGACAUCACGUCCAAAGUUUAUUACAUUCGAGACGGCAACAAGGACUAUGGCGUAUUUGUCAGGAAUAAGAGCUUCGCCAAAGUUGAUAAGGACGCAAAAUCCUGCUGUAACUUUGAGUAUUAUGUUCUCAAUGACAAGUGCAAAGCUAAGGUGUGUGUUGAUCCCUUGUUGGCUCGUUUAUUUGAGCUUUUAUUCAUCCUUACAGAAGAGAGCGCGCUGCUUUGUAUUUGACUGCCUUAAUGGAGUCGUAUCCCUCCCAUUUAGAGACUACUUCCGACGAUUACAUCAUAACGCGUUAAGCACUGGAAACAAUGGGAAAACAACAAAGCUACCAAGGGUCAAACUGGGUUUUGCACGCCGUAGUUUUUAUUUUUUGGGUGCUUCGAUUUUUAGUUCGUUGUCUUUAAUUUUGUGGAACAUAAAUAAAGUUUUACUUAGGAAAGCGAUGGACGAUCACUACUUGUGAUUUCUAUUGCAGUUUCAGCAGCUUUUAACUUAGUGUUUUUUGUUUUAUAGGUACUUACUGAUUAAAAUCAGUAGGACCCCGUUGAUAACAGUACUUUUGUAUUGAAGGGUUAUCCUGGAUAAAUAUUUCGAUUAUUGUUAUUAUUAUAAUUACCCUACCUUUCUUUGUUUCUUUGUUACCCCUUUCCCUCCUUUUUGCGACUUCAUUAUUUGUUCCAUCGUUUUUCCUGUUCCCUCUCUCCUUGGUUUCUUUGCUCUUCUGCUCUUUCACUUUUUCGCUCUCUCGCCCCUUCGCCUCUUCAUUCUUUUCCUUCGUUUCUUUCUACUCUCGAUCAUUUGGUUGAUAGGCCAAUCAGCUCACACUUAAAAAAAUAGCGGAGCAGCUGGUUGUGUAAAUGUUAUUUCAACAUUCUCAACUCAUUAUCGACUUUGAAUUCUUUUUCUUUUAGUUUAUCAGCAAGGACUUAGUACCAGGCAAUUGUACAGAUUACACCUUUGGCUACAAUGACUGCCCGAAAUGCAUCCAAGCUGAAUUGUAUGUAUAGCUUAAGUGCUUUAUUGACUCUUGAACCCUCAACUGACUGGCAUCUAAUUUCUCCUUACAAUAUCACCCCUGAAUCACACAUUUAGGUCACGAGAAUAAAGAAAAUGAUCACCAACUAAUAAAAUAAGUUCUUGAUUGUUUAACGAAUUCUUCUCGUCAGCAACUUAGGAAAUGUAUAGAGAACAGUAUGGAGAAUAUGCAUAAUGAUGCUUUUAAUUUGGGUUAUCUUUUUUGUUUUAGACCUGGCGAAAAAAUUGGUGGCGAGAAGGGGGACAAAGAGUGCUCCGCAGUGGGUUGCCCAGGCACAGAUCUGACAGACAUCAACACCUACUUCUCUGAGUACGUCCUGGAAGACAGCAAUGCCAAUGAUUACUUUAAUAUUUACGUGGCUGGAUUUUCCUUAGCCCCAAUGCCGCCUGCUAUGAGCCUGCCGUACAAUAUGACUAAUAGCAGCGGUAUGACUAACAAGACUCAAGACAAGGAAGCGGCUGUUACUACAGUUUGGUACAGUAAUGAGGUAUGAUACUGUAUUUCUUCAUCAGUUGGGGGUAUUAGUAAAAGUCGUCUUUUUGUUUUAAUGUGUGUAUGCGCCCUACUCACGCUUGAAAAUUAUGUUAACAAACUGAGGGGAGUGCCACUUGGUCUGAAAUCAUUUGCGUGAUUUGAAAUCAAAAGUAUGAUUUCAGACUUAAAUUGCUCGACACGAAGUUCAACUACCACUUAGUACAUCCAUUUUGAAAUCGCAAAAUUCAAUCGCUUAGAUACAGGAUUUUUUAGUCUGUACAAAUGUUUGUUGAUCCAGUAAUGAGCUGGUUUGUAGAAAGUUUCGAAAGUUGUUUUUCAUUCUUCAACAAUUUGAUUGGUUUCUUCAAACAAGCAAUUGGUUGUUGUAUUUCAGCAAAUACAAAUUUAAAGCAAAAAAUGGUGCGAUUCCUGAAUAAAUCGCACCAACGAUAGCCAAUCAGAUUACAAGGAUCACCAGUGAUUUCAAAAUGGAUGUAGCUAAGUCUGUAAUCGCACGAGAGAUAAACAAAACAUGACGGUAGCCCAGUGGGUAGCACUGGGUCAACACUGCAGAUCUACUAUAAGAUGAUUUUCAUUACUUCUGCCUCUACAGGGAUUCCAUACCAUAGCAGAAGCACUGAGUGCCAUGAGUAACAUACUGUUGGUUGAUCAAACAGGAGACUCGUCGUACAGUAUUGAGACUACAAACUACCCUCUACCAAACAGUGUCAACAACAAGGUCUGUUUAGAUAAUGUUUACUUGGAGUGUCUUUUGUACAAUAUAAACAAUAAGAGAAUAUUUCCUUAAACGCGACAGAUAUUAUGUUAGGUUUUUGAACCAGACUGUACUAAGUUUUACGCCAUAAACUACGUUCUGAUCUUCGCGGAAUAUCAUCUGUUCCAAGCUUGGCUCGGUGAAACAUCCCAAGCUUUGAAAUUGUACAUAUUCUUUUUAAAGAUAAGGCCCUUUGUGAGACCGGACUCGCUUUUCAAAACAAUACUCUAUGUUAAAUUCAAUCGGAAUUGACAACUUGGUGCACUUUAGCCCUUCAAAGAGUUUCUAUCUCUACAAUAUUGCGGUCAUACUUUUUAGUGUGUGUACAAAGAUGAAGUGAAGGGACUUGUCUAUAACUUUGUUUUGUUUCAAUGGAGGGGGUAAGUUUCUAAAGAAACUAUGGUGCUGCGUCGGUGGGAGGGUUUAACAGGGUAAUUAAGUACUAUCAACUGGGGUGGUAAUGUAAAUUGGCCACCGUAAAGAGUUUAAAAUCUGAGGUUUCGAGCGUUAGCCCCUCGUCAAAGCGACUGUGAUGAACUUUGUGUUGUUUUGUUUUGUUUCAGGCUGACAACGUUACAUCAGACUUCUCCGCACUUCUGCUCGCCAUAUUUCUCGCACUAGGAAUGGCUUACAUGGCUGCAAGCUUUGUUACAUUCAUUGUACAGGAAAGAGUGUCAAAGGUAAGACAUUAGUUAGGUCGGAUCAAUAUCUGAGCUACUGCUUACCUACCCCUCCCCUAACCCAACAACAGUCAACUGAUAACAGCUUAUAGUUAAUGUUGAGUUAGGGGAGGGGUAGGUGAAAAGAUACUUUGAUACUGACAUUGGUCCGUUUGGCCAAUGGCUUGCCUUAAAAUGUAUGCUAGAGUUUCAAGAUUGGAGGACGAUCAUUUAGGUUAUUUAACCCGUUCACUUUUAAGAAAUAGCAAUUCUCUUUAACCCUUUAACUCCCAGAAGUGAUUAACAUAAAACUUCUCCCAACAAUAUCCAUACGAUCUUCAGCAAACAGGUAAUGAGAAUAUUCAAACUUAUCAGGUAGAAGCUGCUAUCUUUAUCUAGCACCAAGUCCUCAUAGCUAAUUUACAAGGAAAUGUGUAGCGGUUACAGGGAGAAUUAGCGAUCAGAUCUUGGGAGUUAACGGGUUAAUUGUUGGCCAUGCAUUUCUUAUAAAUUUAGUUUUGAGAAUUUGGUUCUAAGUUAAGCAGUAUCCUUUGGUUGCUGUUGCCAUUUUUUUUCUGAUUACCUUUUUCCUUGAUAAAGUAUUGAGUGCCCGGGAUUGGAAGGGUUUCUAAAAAAUAAUUAGAUAUCAAUUUGCCCCAAAAAAGGAAACUUAGCUUAUCAGAAUUCACUGCAACGGUUUUCUUGCCGUUGGAGCGCUUUUCGAUAGAGUUUUCUGAAGCCAAAACCAAAGAAAUCACAAAGGCGAAUCAGAACAAAGAAAAAACCUUGAAGAGCCAUCGAGAACUCAGGGUAAAAUCAACCAAACUGCCCAAAGCGCGGGAAAACGCGGGCGACCAAGCCGCGAUUGGUUUAAGCUUUGCAUUUGAUUGGUUUAGAGAGUGGCGCGAGUUUUCUGGACCAAUCACAGAGUGAAGUAAAACAAAAUCAAUACAAUGCCGGCUUGCUUUCGACACACAAUUAAAAAUUGCUCUCUCCAAAUAUUUUUUCACUUUCCCACCGACGUAGCAAAACAGUUUCUGUUAAAACUUAAAACUUUUUGCUCUUGUACUCAAAUCAAGAAGCUUGUACUAAUUUGCGCCUUCUCUUUCAGGCAAAACACCUCCAGUUUGUCAGUGGAGUUGAUACACUCAGUUAUUGGCUUGCUACAUACACCUGGGACUUCAUCAAUUAUUUAGUUCCCGCUAUUGUGAUUCUCAUUUUAUUCGCUGCAUUCCAAGUGGAUUCUUACAAGGAUGAGAUGGGAAUCGUCUUCUUGUUGCUGGUAAGAAAAUACUAAGAAGCUAAGGGACAGAGCUGCAAAACGUGUGCAACAUUGCCGUCACGCGUUUGUGCACAUGCCCGCGUUUUAGAGCUAGAGGGCUUGCUUUCAGGCUGUCAAAACUAAGUUGUCACAUAGACAAGCACACAAGCGUGUAAUAUGCGGCGUUUAAAAACCGUAUGAAGUUUUUGGUGAAGCUCAAAUCAGAAUGGUAAAUGAGAUGGAAACCCCUGAUUAAAUAACCUUUGUGCUGGAAACGCGAUCCCCUUGCACAUGCCUUGCGUUUGAUUGCUCUGUUAACAUCUCCGCAUGUCACGAAUUUUCGCGGGCUCACGCGUGCAACCUCAACACAAUUACGAACAAAAGGGCGAGAUUUUGGCGGCAUGGUUCUUAGGUUAAGGUGUAAGCAGAAAUGUUUGGCUAAAACCUAUUCCCUUAACUGCCACAAAUUGUGGAAGUUCGCAGACAAAAGUGUAUUUCCCGCGGUACGUGCCUUAGUUUUGUGCUGGGCGGUACUGAACGACAAUUGUCAUUUUAAGUUUGUUGUUCUCUUCACAGCUGCUGUUUGGUUUGUGUGUUCUGCCCUUCGUCUACUGCCUCUCGUUCAUUUUCACUUCUCCAGUUGUGGGUUACGCACUCACAGUCUUCUUGCUCUCCAUUCUCAGUCUGGUAAGUUUAGCAGCUGCUCGUCGAAUUUGAAUUUGAUUUCUUACUAACAGUGCCCAUUAGACUAAAACAGUGAAGUUGUGAUUUAUUUCUAUAACUUUGAAACAUUUCAGGCAAUGUUGAUCACAGUGUUUGUCCUACAAAUACCGAGUGUUGGGUAUGAAGAUGAAGCCGAGAUUUGUCACUACAUCUUUAUGUUGGUUCCCACCUACACGUAAGUGAUUUCGUCGUUAACUUUCACUUUCUUACUGGAUGUAAUCUUGAGCAGAAUUACAGCUCCCAUUUUAAGAAUAGUUCCUGAUUAACCAAUGCAUUCGAUGUUGCUGUGCGUUAGUUCAAUAAUGGAUCAAAGAUGACGUCACAAAAAAGUGGUACACUAAUGUUCUUCCCUCAUUUUUACGUCUCCUACGAUCUUUUACUGCACAGACUCACGGAGACAUGGAAUCUAAUUGUUUAUAUGAUAAAAAAGCAAAAUGUUGUUAAUGGUGAGGUUAUCAAUGCGUCUGCCUUCCUAAAGACAAUCAGUAAGCACCUAUCAAAAUGCUGCUAGCAUUCAUCUUAUCUUAUGAAUUAUUUUAAAUUGACGUUUUCUCCUACAAUUCUCUUGAUCCAUCGUGUUCUGUUUAGUUCGAGUUGCGCAAUACAGUGUAAACAUGAUUGAAAUAUUGAAAUUAUUCUCGCCUCUUCAUUAACAUUUAAACAAUUCUGUCACAGGCUUGCUUACGGCUUUGUGGAUCUCAACCAGAAUUACGGGUACAGAAAAGUCUGCAACGAAUCGCCUGAGUAAGUACACUACAAGGAUCAAUGCCAUGUAUACCAAGGCGAUUAUUCGUCGUCAGUUAAACACUUUAUUUUCUGUUCUCAGAGGUAACUAUUCUCUGCGGACACAAAUGAUGUAACUUCGACGAAAAUAGAAGUACUCUCAGUCGCUCUACGUUACAAAAGUCUGAAUAAUGUCUGACUGGAUGGGCUUCUUGGUUUAAUUCCACAAUUUACAUCUUUACCUAAUCAACUCCUAAGCGGUGAUGUUUGAAGAUUUGGUGCCGAACGCCCCGGACUUAGAAUUCUGGGGUACUCAGCUUUUCAAAACUUCCUUAAGAGUUACGUAAGCCACUCAAAGACAGAAUUAGUCGUUAUUUAGUGAUGAGGACACGGCACUGUUUUUGUAAUCUGGUGUUGUGGUUGUUUUCUUAGGGCGAAACUGAGGUGUGACGUGGUAGGGAUUAAGUACACAGACCAUGGUCUCACUUGGGAACGCCCGGGCAUCGGACAGAUGGUUCUGUACAUGUUUGUGGAAGCCGUUGUUUUGUUCGUUUUGGUUCUGCUGAUCGAGGUAAGGCUAAACACUCCAAGACGGUUAGUGUUACGGUGUUGGCCUCGUUCAAAAAAAAGGCACAUCUGAACUUUGCAGUAGACGAGACGAGUGUUAUAAAACCCAUAACUAUAGUCAUUGCAAAUGAAAAUAUCACAAGCAGUUAACGUAUACUUAAAGGAAAUGUGUGAAAACUGCUUGAAGCGCGGCGGGAAAACGCGAGUGAACAAAUCGCGAUUGGUUUUUGUGAUUUACACCUUAUUCUCAUUGGUCAAGAGAAAGCUGGCGGGAAUUUUCUAAUAAAAACAAUAACAAAGCAAAAUAGAGCAAAACCAAAAACUCGCGGAUGAACGUAGCGUAGCCGUUGUUAGAGUUGCAUGUCGCAGAAACGAUAAUAAUUGGGUUAACUUAAGCAAGUAGGUUUCGUUUUACGAUAUUGUUAAGGUAGCCUUUUCUUGGGAAGGUGAUGUUAACACGUCGACUCUAUAUUUUGUUUGGUGACCCGUCUACAGGUGAAGUUCUUCCUUGGUGGUUUCAGCAGAAAUUCUGGUGGAGCUGAUGGAACAGAACGCCGAAGCAAUGAGGUGGGUUUUCAUCUCGAUUACAAAUUUCUUGCUCGCCAAAUAUACUUUAAAAUCGACAGCUUUGUUCGAGUUCUUAGACGUCUAGUCAUUUGACUUGUUAGACGUCACCCAACCGCAUGGAUAGAUUGAGGUCGUGUUGAGAUUUUUGUACAAACAAAUAUGAAAGGUACUGAAAAGAGGCAUGGCCUUUUUUCUGUGUGUGUACUAGGACGAGGAUGUUUUCAACGAGCGUAACCGUGUUUCCAUGCUGAAACCUGAAGAAAUCGACGGAGAGGCUGUUGUGUUGAAAGACCUUACCAAGGUAAAAGGUUGAGUCAUAAGUUUCUUAGUAAAUAAUCUUGGGAUGUGCCGUGAGGAAGUCGCCAGUGCGCUGAACACGGGAACAAAAGACUCGGGUGCGAGUCCUAACAGAGUGAUUGUGCUGUGUUUCUACGGCAAGAUACUUUUCCUUCAUGGUACCUCUCUUCACCUUGGGGUAAACACUGGUAUCGCUGAACUGUUAAGGCCACGUGACGAAUUCCACGGGUCACCCAUGUCCCCAUCCAGGAGGAUUAACCUAAGAUCCUUUACUGUGGCGCAUCUGGCCCGAAUACUUAACCCAACCCAACCUUCUUUAAUGGUUUCAGUUCUAGCACUCUAAGGAUCCAAAUACAAAUUCUCUAUCAUAUAUUUCUUAUGCUUUUAGCUCUGAGAAUUGGGCGUUAAAUCGAACAACGUCAUUUCGUUGAUGCUUAACGUUCUUCUCGUUACCUCUCUUCUUGAAAAUGUAUCGAUUAGUAAGGAGAAAUUCCAUGUUGGUCACUCGUCACUAUGUAGAGACCCUAACUCUCAUUUACCUUCAGGUGUAUGGUGGCACAAACGUUACUGCUGUGGAUCAUCUGUGCCUGGGAAUUCCUAAAGGCGAAUGUUUUGGUUUGCUUGGAAUAAAUGGUAAAGAAAUGUUUUUUUUGUACUAAAGUUUUGUACCUUUUUGUUGUUUUUUAUUGUAUUUUGUGUUUCUUUUUGUGUGUGUGUGUAUGUUUUGUCAUCUAUUUCUUGCAUUAACUGAAAUAAGUAUUUAUCGUUACCGGGUAGAAAACAUCGCUAAAACAAAACUAACUCGAGCACAAGACUCCUCAAAAUUCGACUCGCUGACUAAACAACAAAACUCUGCUAGUUACACACGCGAUUAACAUGCGCGCCACGGGCGAAAGUAGUGCGCUCCGCUUGCGAGCGACUAUACAACAGAAUACCAGCCAAUCACAUCAGAUCAUGAAGCUUUGUAAAGUGAUGCGUAACCAUUCAACCUAAUCGCUUGAAGAAGCCUCCUGUAUUCAGAGGAAACUUCGGUAUCCACUUGGCAAGGGAUUUCAUUGUGGGACUAACGAUCAUACUUCACUACUCUUGCGUUUACUACGAUGAUUAUCACUCAAGCCUUUCGUUCCUCUCCCAUUAGGUGCUGGAAAGACCACCACAUUUAGCAUGCUAACUGGAGAUUUAAGCAUUUCACAAGGCACGGCUUACAUGGAUGGAUAUAACAUUUUGACGAAUUUACGACAGGUUUGUAAGAAGAUCGGAACUGGCAGCGAGAGCAAUUUCAAUUGAGUGUCAAUAGUAAUCUGGGAUUGCUUUGGCUCUACUUUACUUAGCUUUGUGAUUGGUCCAGAAAACCCGUGCCAUCCUCCCAACCAAUUAGAUGCAAAACUAAAAACAGUGGCAACGUUGUCAUUCGCGUUUUCCCGCGCUUCAAGCACUAUGCUUGUUUCACUUAGAGUCCUCCUUGGCCAGCGAUGAUGUUAAUCUUUGUCUUGAUUGGUCGCUUUGAUAACUUUGGUUUUUGUUUUCAACGCUUAAGUGAAGACUAUGCGUGGUGUUGUGUUACAUUGGUGCAGUACAGUGAGUUAAAGACUUAAAGACUAAGACAUUCUAUUUUAAAAUUUUAGGUUCAACAAAGGAUUGGCUAUUGUCCUCAGGUAUGUUUAUGUAAAAGUCUAAGAUAUUCUCGCUCUCAAGCUUAUUUAUCCACUUUACUUGUCUUAAAAAAACCUGGAGCAAUUUCGUGAAAUCAAUUUAUCCGAAUCGUUUUUUUAACCUUCAGUUUGACGCCCUUAUUGAACGUCUGACCGGUCGCGAAAUGCUGACGAUGUACGCUCGUCUCCGUGGCGUUCCAUCAAAUAAAGUAAAGGACUUGGUGUCGUCCACAAUCAAACACCUGAAUCUCACCAAUUGGGCAGAUAAACUGUGUGGAGACUACAGGUCAGUUCUGUUGCUAUAUACUUCACCCUUCACAUCCUCACACUUAUUAAGUGUUCAUUUUCUCCAUACUGUUCUCUUUACAUUUCCUAUGGUGCUGACAAGGAGAAUUUGGUUACUAAUCAAGAGCUUCUUUAGUUGGUGAUCAUUUCCUCCAUUCUCGUGACCUUGAUGAGUGAUUUAGGGGUGACAUUGUAUGGAGAAAUUAGAUGCUGGUCACUCGUAGGGGUCAAAGGGAUGACAGAUGUACAUGCUAACUUACUUUAAAUGGUGCUAGUGGACUUCUACUUCCCUGGUUUUAUCAUCUAUUUUUAUUUCUAUAUUUACUUUUGCACUGAUAGUGGCGGGAACAAACGAAAACUCAGUACUGCUAUCGCGUUGGUUGGAAAUCCUCCCAUUGUAUUUUUGGUGAGUUUACUUUUUUUUCAGCCUGUUGAUUUGAAUUCUAUGAAGCGUAUGAAAUUCAGACUCCAACCCUUGCAUACUAAUUCCAUAAAGUUAUGACUCCUCAAAGGACAAGAACCAACAUGUUAAUUUCUCUAUUAACUUGUCUCGAGGGCGAGGAAAGGGGAUUGGGAAUGGGGGUAGCGCGCUCUCCCUACUCAUGAUACCUCUAGCUCCUGUUUUGCCCACAGUGGUUGCACAAGUUUUGGAAAGGAAUAGAGAUGAGUCAGAGGCUAUAGCCUUGUGCUUAAAAAAAAGAGAACUUAGAUUCAUUACGGGUAUGGAUCCUGUUUCUCGCCUUUUUCUAUGGGUUCAUUGAAUAGAAGAGAAUUGAGGCGAGUCAAAGGCUACAGCUUUAUAAACAUGAAAUAGAGAACUGAGAUUUUUAAGUCUGUGUUGUUUAUCAUCCUAGGACGAGCCUACCACAGGUAUGGACCCUGUUGCUCGCCGUUUUCUGUGGGAUUCAUUGAUGCAGGUGAUGAAAGGAGGCCGAUCAAUUGUACUCACUUCUCACAGGUAAAUAAAAUAUUAUUCUUUUUUAUUUAUUUAUUUUUUAUAAUUACAGCUUUAUUUCGUAAUACAACUCAUUACAUACUAGACUACUACAACUCAAUAUACAUUGACAUGAAGGAAAUAACAACGCUGUCGAGCUUUGCUGAAUCGGAGCCUGACAAAUAUGUGGCUCGGAGGAGAUUUGGGUGAAUUAUUUUCCAUUCAAGGAGAAUAGCGAUAACUUAAAAUUGCUCUUUUUAAUUCGACGAGGAUAAGAUCAUAUUCUGAAGCUUCUUUACUGAAUGACAAACGUACACGAGUAGAGAACUGGUGAUGAGAAUUUUUCUUUGGUCUUCUUUUCUAGCAUGGAAGAAUGCGAGGCCCUGUGCACAAGGCUUGCCAUCAUGGUGAACGGACAGUUUAAGUGUUUGGGAUCGAUUCAACAUCUGAAGAGCAGGUUUGUCCCUUCUAUUGAGAAAUCCAUUGCUUGCCUAAGCCCAGGCGUAUUUGAGACGUGGGUGGUGACAGAAAGAUCUUUCCCCUAGAGCUUGCUAUGGAUCCACGGUCUGUAGCGCAUGGUUAAUAAAAGACUUUGCACUAAAUUAAUUGCGGUCAAAGAACGCUUGAACUAAGAGUAUUUUUCUUCCGGUAGCCACUUGUAUCUCAAAUCAUACCGGGCUUAAUUCCCUAUUGAGAUAUCGGACCCAUGACCGCAAGCAACAUGAGACCCAUAGUUUUUCCUAUCAUAAAAAGCCCAUACAACUCUGACACAAUAAAAACUAGUAUUACUCUCAAUGAGUGGAUUAUAAAAGCCUAUCCAGUCACAGAGUAGCAGGGGGUUUCGGUAAAAGCCGGUUGCUGGCGGUCUGUCGCUGCUUUUAAGACCUCUUACCGCCGUCCGUCCUUCCGGGCACAGUCGCCUUUAACACCAUCGGCAGCCACAUAUGGAAUAUGUUCUGAAACCCCUGAAAGUAGUAUACUAUUGUUUACGAUUCGAAGUCGUUAUUUACACUUCGUGACCGUUAUACCGCAGAUUUGGCACUGGUUACACCCUUAUGAUCAAAGUUGCAAGCAGCGCUGCACCCAUUCCUCAGCAAACAGCGAACGGCUUCCAACAACCUCCACCGACCGCUACGUUCGCACCGUCUCCAAUGGUUUUUAGCAAUCCUGCGGCUACCGGGGAAUUGCCGGAAGUCAAUGAACCGGAGAAGCCCAUCCCGGAAGGUGAGGCAAAGCUUGUGGUAUGAGGCGUGACGUGUUAACCCUUUAUGCCCCAAUAUCAGUUUGCAAGUUCUCCGUACUGUUCUCUAUAGGUCUCCUAUGGUGCUUAUAAGGAGAAUUUGCUCAAUAAUCAAGAGUUUCAAUCACUUCCUUUAUUCUCAUGACCUUAAUGUCUGAUUCAGGGUAACAAUGAUAGGAGGGAUAAGAUACUUACCACUCUUAGGGGUUGAAGGGUUAGUUGAGCUUGUAAGGUUGACGGGAGGUGAGAAAGAAGAACUGGAUUAGCCCUGCCCUGAGGGUGAGGUAAAGCUUCUGACUCAGUUCUUUGUUAGAAUUCGUUGGCUUGAUGGGGUAAGGUUUGGGCGGGGUAAGGGUGCCGUAGGGAAUGGAAAAAGGGUGAAGACAGAGGAAGAGGUUGGGGGGUUGCCGGUAGGGGUGCACGAAUUAACCUUGAAUUAGCCUUGAACUAAUACUGGGGCUGAGUCAAUGCUAACUGCGUAUAUGAAUAGAGGGGGAUUUGGUCGGGGGGGGGGGGGGGGUGGGGGUGGGGGACUGUUGGGUGUCACAAACGUAGCGGCUUAAGACCACCGGAGACAACCGCCCCAACAGCUGAUUAUUUCGCUCAGAAACAUAACAGAAUUACCGCCGCCAUGGGUCAGCUUGAGUCUCUAUCUGGAAUGUGUUUCAAGAGCUAACUGCAACACUAAGGACAACGAGUCAGCCUUGCUGUUGCGUGUAUAGUUGGAGAGAUUUCUUUACUCUCAAAGAGGCUGGGGAAACAUUUGUGAGAGAGAAUACCAAAAAUACCAAACUCAACUUUUAACUCUCUUGCAGGUUAUGCUAAUGGUACCCAAGCGGUCAUCAGCAGCAAAGAUAUACAACCUACGGUCCCCGUUCCUCCUCCCUAUCCUGCCAAUCCUGUUCAAAUGCAGCUCCCUCCCGGCCAGUCCAUGCCGUUGGUGUACGAUCCGGGAUUGAUAAACGCUGUGACAAAUGCUCAGAACUUUGUGAACCAAACUUUCUCUGGAGCAAGGCUUCUGGAGAGCCAUAACGUAAGUAGCACAGCGGUUAAACAUCGAGCCUUAGAGUGGGGAUCAAUUCUGGCCGGCCGCGCGCACCACUUUCCCGCCCAUAAUUUCAUUGGAAAACACGAAACAACGGCUUACUUAGUCUAACUGAAUCGUUCAUGCAAACGCGUGCAGCUGGAGUUUCAAUAAAUGUCCUUUAUUGUGGCUUUACUUGUGUCUUAGUUGGAUAAACUCGUUUCAUACGUAUUAGACUGGCCGAGCCACAAGAGAAGAGUGAGUCGAGUGAAAAUGGUAACAACCGCACGUCAUUCUUCGUUUACACUUCUUGUUUUGUGUUUUUUUUUUAAGGGAGUACUGCACUUCCAGUUGGAAACUGAAGGAUUGAGUUGGUCGUAUAUCUUUGGCCAGCUGGAAAGAAAUAGAGCUGCUCUGAAUAUUGUAGACUACAGCGUCAGUCAGACCACACUAGAACAGGUAAACGCUCUCAAACUUUCUAUCGCUUGAAGGGCACAUCGAUCGUCUUGUAAUCAUUUCAAACAAUCAGGUGCAAAACUAACACCAAUCACGACUUGAGACUUGGUCGCCUGCGUUUUCCCGCGUUUUAGGCAGUUUGGUCGGUUGCACUCUGAGUUCUUAUUGGCUCUUAAAGAUGUUUGCCUUUCUUCUGAUUGGCCGUUGUAAUCAUUUUGGUUUUACGUCACUCAAUAAAAAUCGUGCUUAGUACUUACAAGUCUAUGAGCUUGUUGCACACAAGCCUGUGUAAUUUUGCCUGUGCUAGUUGAUAAUGCCUUUCUACUUUUGCUCAUCCCGUAGGUUUUUAUCAACUUCGCCAAAGAGCAACAUUCCGAAGAAAGAACAACGGUGAAGAAGAUGUGCGGAUGCUUUUAGUUUUUCAGGAGGACAUUGACAAGACUUAAAAUUAGUCCUGGAGUUUUUUUGUUUAGGUUCUGACGCUAAUACAGGAUUAGUAGUUAAUCGAAUUUUUGAUUCCGCUGUGAAUUUUUUUCUUUGUGGGUUUGAUGUUUUGGAAUCUAAAGUAUAGAAAUCGAAGACACAACCUUCGCUGAAAAACUUCAUUCCUAGCAAAACAACUCUCAUCUCACCGGUAUAUCACUAAAGCUUAGAAAAGAAAGAUGAGAUAGCUUCAUCUGUCUUUAAGCUCUCCAGAUCUUUUUUGUAACUGUCUCUUCUAGCCCCAAUACAUCUAAUUGUAAAUUAAUAAGAGAAUUUAGUGUUUUAAGAAGAUAACACACUCUUGUCGAUAAAUUUGUUUCUUCUUAUCACCAUUUUGCUGAAUAAUGUAGAGUUGUUCGAAAGUGUAAUAUGCAUGUUCAUCACUUUGGAAUUUUAAGGAUCAAUUUUGGAAUCAUAUCUGCUCGAAUCUCUUUGCUGGGCAAAGUGUUUUUUAGAUUGCACUUUUUUUUGUUAUUGCACCGUUUUUGUUAUUUAAUUUACUUUAUUUAUGUAUUGUUGGUUAUUACAAUACCGACGCGUUAGUUUAAAAUCUUAUUACAAUCUUAGAUUAAGAACCGCGUUCUCUUUCUGAGAUGUUGAUAAAGUGACUUUGAACGAAACAUUUCCUUAUGGCAUGCACGAUAUAAUUUUUCUUAGUUUAUUUAAUCCUUGCGUGCACAUCCUUGCUUGAACAAGGUUGUAAUUGUAAAAUUUUAACAUAGAAACUUCUCUACUUGAUAAUAAGAGGAACCGUGUGUUCGAGUGAAAAUAUACUUUUCUCUGUACUGAUGUUGCAUCAAAUAUCUAGUUGUGCCUUCGAUUGUCUUUGGGAGCGAAUUUAUUUACCAAGCAAGAGUUUCUUAAGCUGGUGAUCAUUCAUUUUAUUCUCGUUUUUAUUUGAAAAGGACACAUCUCACGCCCAAACAUUCGAAACCCAAGUUGAAAGCGACCGUACGUGACGCAUUUUAAGUCGACGUUUCCAAAAGCCUCUCUUGUCCCCACAAUAAAUGGAGCAUUACAAAAACGAUACGUUUCCAUAACACUCUUCUUUUCGAUCAAUUUACAAAAGUACCCGUUGUUAUCAGCGUUUAAAUGUGGAUGAUAGACAAAUACACACCCUGAAGUAUUUAUAUUUCGGAAGAAAACGUAUUUGUGUGGAAGGAGCUUAAGAAACGUGUUUGGAGUGAACGUCAAAGAAGAGCCACACAG